GGAGGAGCACAUGAGAAGGGGGGUGAGUUCUAUUCAUCUCGAAGCUCAAGGCCACUCAGCCCCAAUGCGAAUGGACCAAGUGGAAGGAAUCACUCUUCAUGGUCAAAGAUGCUCAUGGGAACGAGCUUCCUGUCGUCUUGGAUGAGAAGCGCGAAUCCCCAGUGACUUUUUUGAAUGCUAUGCAGUUCUGCAAGAAAUGGCGCAAGCACAAGGAGGAAGAACAGUUGUAUGUUGCCUUUGUUCGUCUUGCCCAUGUGCCAUCCACUUUUGCGGUUAAUACCACUACUGCUUUGAUUGAUGAUCCUACUUCUGGUGGGUGCAAGGUCUUCUCCAAGAUCGAUCUCAAGUCUGGCUACCACCAGAUUGAAGUCGAUCCUGCGGACCAGCACAAGACUGCGUUCAAAACACACGACGGGCUUUAUGAGUUCACCGUAAUGCCCUUCGGUCUCACGAACGCACCAGCCACUUUUCAAAGCCUCAUGGACAAGAUCCUCCGCGAACAGAUUGGCCGGUUCGUGGUAGUCUACCUUGAUGAUAUCCUGAUCUUCAGCAAGUCCAUGGAGGAACAUCUCAAGCAUCUUGAGGAAGUGCUCACUAUCCUCAAGAAGACGCAACUCCUUCUCAACUUAGAGAAAUCUGAGUUUGGGAGGGACAGCGUCAUCUAUCUUGGGCAUCGGUUGUCUGCUGCAGGCCUAGAGCCUGAGGCAACCAAGGUUGAGGUUAUACGCAAUUGGCCUCAACCCGCGAACAUUCGCGAAUUGCGUUCUUUCCUUGGCCUCACGUCCUACUAUCGAAAGUUUGUACCCCGCUUUUCUAUCAUUGCUCGUCCAUUGUCGCGACUGACUAGUAAGAAUGUUCUUUAUUCUUGGGACACCGCGUGUACGGAUGCAUUUCGAGCUCUAAAGGAAGCCUUGGUAAGUUACCCAGUACUCCGCAUUGCAGAUCCCAAACUGACGUUCGUGGUCACCAUGGAUGCAAACCAGUACGGAAUCGGUGCGGUGCUGCAGCAAGAUGACGGCGACGGCUUGCGGCCACUCAAAUAUUACAGCAAACGCAUGCCCAGCGUAAAGGUAGGAAGCUAUGUCCAAGCGACAGCAUGCCAUGAUCCACCAUGCAAACAGCAUGCCAUGAUCCACCAUGCAAACAAAAAGCGACGACCAUCGGAGAUUCAGGUAGGAAGCUAUGUCUGGGUGAAGAUGUCUGAAUUCUCAGAAGAGGAGGGAGUCUCACGCAAACUCCUCCCACUCUACUACGGGCCUUGGGAAGUUUUGGAUGUAAUUGGGGAAGAUCACAUUGGCCCUUCGUACGUUGUAGACGUGCCAGCUCACAUGCGCACAUAUCCCGUGUUCCAUUAAUCUAAAUUGUAUCUCCACCGUGACGUCGAGACAUUCGAUUACCGCGAAGAUAUGAUCCCUCGUGCAAUCAAGGGUCGCCACGAGA